AUGAACAACCUACCCGUUGUGUUGGGAUCAAUCGACAAGGAAGUGCCACUCAUAGUGACGGACAGCCUUCAUUUGGACGCUAUCCUGGGAACGGAUGCACUAGGAAUGUUCCAAACCGCCAUUGAUUUGGAAGCGCGAGCCAUGUUACUAAAGGAUUCGGGCGAGAUGUUACCCAUUACGCGUAGACGAGACAUAUGGUCGCUAUUCACCUCCAUGCUGUGGGAACUGAAGAAUCUGUUCGAUGAGACGUCCAAGCGACCAGGCAGCGCGUAUUUGUUGGAGUUCUGUAUUGAUACGGGAACGCAUGAGCCUAUUAAGCAGCAACCGUACUGA